UAGAAAACAGAGAAAGAAGGUGGCAAGAGAAAGAGGGAAACAGCCAAGGGAAUUUCAUCCAUGUUCCCCAAUUUUCCUCGCGAGUGAUUCGAUUCCGCGGCCGUCAUGUCGGCCUAUGUGUGUCAGGCGAGCCCCCGCGUGCGUCUCCUCCCCCUUUCUUGACAGAUCCUGACGUCAUUAUAUCAUUUUCCGGUAAUGAGGGCUAAUGCGAUCCCACACAGGUAUAUUAAGCGACUGCGAGACGGAGAAGAGCAUCAGUACCUUCUCCCUCUUGCCUUGGAUCGGCCGACCGAGUGCUCGCGUCUCACUGUGUGUAUAUUCGCCUCCGUCGUUCCUCUGGACUUUCCGAAACCCCGAAGCCGUUCGAGAAUGGUGGCCCUCCAGUCCUGCUGCGUCUCCCUGGCCAUGGUGAUCCUGGCCAGCCUCACCUCCGCCGCGGUCGAGCUUCCGACGGCCUUGAGCAAAGUCGGAGGCGACGUCCUGGACACCCCCGAAUGGCUGCAGGACAUCCCUGAGGAGAGCAAAGUGUCCAAGUACCGCAAGAGGCGUUUCAUCAACUUCCCCACCGGAUCCAACCUGCAGGUGGAGCUUACCCUGACUAUCCCCGUGGAAGGCCUGGGCGAUUCCAGCAGCCUGGAACUGAUCAACACACUCACAUUUAACCUCCCGAACGACACCGACUUCGUGGUGGGACGCUCCCUCUCCAGCGGCCAUCAGCGUUCGGAUCUCUACCGGCGAGUUGAGACUUUCCUCGACGGCAUGGGUUACGACGGCCACGCCUGCACCUUGAGAACCAUCUGCGAAAUCGCCGAGAUGCCUUUCGAACACGGUCUCAUCGGUGAAAUUGUCAAUCUCAUGAUGUCUGUGACUUCCGGUUCCUCCAACUACCUGGACAGCGACGUGGGCGACGAAUACUCCUUGGCCGAGUACUACGGGCACCACCACGGCUCCUGCUAUUCCAUCUAUCCGAACUGCCCUAUAUCCGUCACUAAUCUCUUCUCUCGUGUUAUUCCUACUUUCUAAGAAAAAGGGAGGGGGGAGGAUUUUUUUUUCUGUUUCCGUCUCGCAUUUAAGCGCA